AUGACGUCGAAGGCGCCAGGGCCCCCGCUCUCUCGCGGCUCCCGCCGGGGGUCGGGCGCUACCGGGCGCCGGACCGGCGCUGCGGCCGCCGCUGCGGCCGCAGCGGCUUCAGCUCUCGGGGCAGCGGCGAGGCGACGACGACGACUGCGGCGGACGCCAUUCUCUGCCGUCCGGGGUCAGAGCCGCGCCGCCGCCGGUGAUGCAUGGCCGUUCGACGGAGGCGGCACCACGGCGACCGCAAGCGCGCAAGAAAACCGGCACGGGACACACGGCAGCACCACGGCGCAGCCAGCAGCAGCCAACCGCCGCCGCCGCGACCGUACGGGCCGCAACACGCCGCACAAGUCCUCUCCCUCCCUCUCUUUCUGCUCCUCCUCGCUCACUGGGCCCUUUCACUCGCCCGCCCGGAGUGUGCCGCCCGCGUCGGAGAUCCUGGAGGAGCACGCACGCACACCCGGUGAUGCCACAGCCAGAGGUCUACGUCGCCUCGAGAGCGGCGCUCGCAGUGGGAGCUCCGAACGCUCCGGACAUGUUGAACGACGUGAAACCCGCAGCCGGCGUCGAGCUCGGCGCACCGAAAAGCGCACUGUGCGCCCCCUAGCGGGGUUCGGAGGAAACAAGUUUCAAUGA